ACCCCACUAUUUACAAUAAGUCCAUUAAGUUCAGCCAUUCUUCUUUCUUCACUGGCUUAGCUUCAAUAACAAAUAUUAACCAUAAACCCCUAAAUAAAGCCUAAACUCUCUCUCUCUCCCUCUCUCUGUUUCUUCCUAGAAUUACAAGAUUUUUCAUCAGAAUUAUCCCCCACGUUUAGUACUUAACUGGUAUAUUGUCAGACUCGGUCUAUUCUCUCUACACAUUCCUCCCAUAAUUCUUUUACUGAUUCGCCCUUUUCUUCAUUCUUGUACUAUUUAUCAGGUCUCUUGUCAAAAAUCCUUCUCCUUUUCUCUUUCUGGAUUCUCUUUUCUCCCCACUAGCUAAUUCUUUGUUCAAGAUACCAUUUUUUUUCUCCACAAUAAGUCACUUGAAUUUCCAAGAUUCUGCUUACCCAUCUGCCAAAUUCAUUAUCUUUUUCUGAAAAAAAAACUUUCUUCAAGUGAGAAUAUUGCCCUGUUUUAAUUUCCUCUGGAGCAACAUGUUGAAACUUGGGGUUUUGGUAGUAGUAUUAUAUUUCCUGGUAUAUUUGGGUGAUAAUAAAAAAAGUGUUGAAGGCCUAGGAGUAAACUGGGGAACAAUGGCAAGCCACCCAUUGGAGCCAAAAAUAGUGGUGCAAAUGCUGAAGGACAAUGGUAUAAAGAAAGUGAAGCUGUUUGAUGCAGAUAAGACAACAAUGAAUGCACUUGCAGGUACUGAUAUUGAAGUUAUGGUUGCCAUUCCUAAUGAUCAACUUCUUACUAUGACUGAUUAUGAUCGAGCUAAAGAUUGGGUUAGACGCAAUGUCACUCGCUACAAUAUCAAAGCUGGUGUUAACAUCAAAUAUGUGGCAGUUGGUAAUGAGCCUUUUUUGACAGCCUACAACAACUCCUUUGUGAACUUAACAUUCCCAGCUCUACAGAACAUCCAAAAUGCACUAAAUGAAGCAGGAGUAGGGGACUCCAUAAAAGCAACUGUACCACUAAAUGCUGAUGUCUAUUUCUCACCAGAGUCUAAUCCUGUACCUUCUGCUGGUAGAUUCCGGACCGACAUAGCUGAACUAAUGACACAAAUUGUUCAAUUCAUGAACAAGAAUCAAGCACCCUUUACUGUAAACAUUUACCCCUUUCUAAGUCUUUAUUCCAAUGAACAUUUCCCAAUUGACUUUGCUUUCUUUGAUGGUGCUAGCAACCCUGUAGUCGAUAACGGGGUCGAGUACACCAAUGUCUUUGAUGCCAACUUUGAUACCCUGUAUUCAGCAUUAAAAGCAGUUGGUUAUGGCAACAUGAACAUUCUAGUUGGAGAAGUUGGUUGGCCUACAGAUGGUGACAAGAAUGCUAAUUUAAACUACGCGUAUCGAUUCUAUAAAGGACUGUUUUCCAGGCUUGCAGCUAACAAAGGAACACCCCUUAGACCUGGAUACAUUGAAGUUUACUUGUUUGGACUAAUUGAUGAGGAUGCUAAAAGUAUUGCUCCUGGUAAUUUUGAGCGACACUGGGGAAUUUUUCGAUACGAUGGGCAGCCAAAGUUUCCUAUGGACAUUUCAGGUCAGGGACAAGAUAAGCAUCUUGUUGCUGCAAAAAAUGUGCAAUAUCUUCCUAAAAGAUGGUGCAUGCUUAAUCCAAAUGCUAAUAAUUUGAGCAUACUUGCUAAUAACAUUGACUAUGCUUGCACAUUCUCAGAUUGUACAGCAUUAGGAUAUGGUUCUUCUUGCAAUAAUUUAGAUGCUAAUGGGAAUGCAUCAUAUGCAUUUAAUAUGUAUUACCAGGUUCAGAAUCAAUUAGAUUUGAGUUGUGAUUUUCAAGGAUUGGCAAUGGUGACUGACAAGAAUAUAUCUCAAGGGACUUGUAACUUUAUUAUUCAGACAGGUAUUUACUCUGUCUCUUCUAAGGUUUUGCCUGGAAUUGUUGUAUUGCUAAGUGGCUUCACAUUUCUUUUACUGUAGAUA